AUGGCCAGUAGCAGCAACAGCACAAGCAGCACUAGUCACCACCCAACCAAGGUCUUACUUGUCUCACUAAUUGAAUCCCUUUGCCAAGUCUACGGAGAUACACCCGAAAUGAAACGACAGGUGUUUUUGAAACUAUGUCAACGACUGAGUCAGGCAGGCAUCAUACACUAUGAAUUUAUGGAUGAACUAGCCUCCCUUCGCUCUUCAUAUCAUAAAGCAUUCAAUCAUCUAUUCUACCAGACAACAGAAAUGGUAAAGCGUGGAAGUCCUAAACUGAUCACAUCCGCAGAUUCCAUCCUAAGCGUUCAGCAUUCGAGGUACCGCAAUGAUUUUAUUGAGGAAUCGAUGAUUGGGCGUGGAGGGUUUGCGAGUGCGUGGAAGGCACGGAAUAAGCUAGACGAUAUUGUGUAUGCGGUCAAAAAGAUUCGAUUGGUGGCAGAUAAUUACAAUGAUCAGUACGAAAAGAUAUUUAGGGAAAUAAAGAGUCUCGCCCGUUUGGAACACCGUAACGUGGUGAGAUAUUAUUCGUCUUGGCUGGAAUAUGCGUCCGCACUAGAUGAGGUGGAGUUGGAUGAGGAUGAUUAUUCUUUUGAUGCGUCUAGAACGGAAGAUAUCUAUUCACUAAAAAAGGACCAAGACAAGGAUGCCAACAAGUCAGAUGGGUUCAUACUGUAUAUUCAAAUGCAACUCUGUCCAAGUACGCUGCAGGAAUCUAUCAAUACAAGGAAUCAGCAGGACAUUAGUAUCAUAGAUCAACCUGGUUUUAAAAAGACAAAUGUUGAACUGUUUACCCAGAUACUGUCGGGUGCUGCCUAUAUUCAUCAACAAGGCUUGAUUCAUCGUGACUUGAAACCAGGUAAUAUCUUCUUGACUUAUGAUAAUGAUACUAUCGUGCCCAAGAUUGGUGAUUUUGGCUUGGCUGCAAGUAUUAUGGAGCAACAAGUGGAUGUGGUGGAUAACAACCUGCCCAAGAUUACGCUGAUAGAAGAAAUGUCUUUUAGUAAUUCUCGAAUUGACUCUAGUAAUAACACGACGGCGACAACACUUGAUAGCAGUUGCAGUAGCACCGACAACAGUAAUUCAAGGUGCUCAUCAAGAGAAAGCAGAAGGAACCGAACAAUCGGUGUGGGCACUCGAACAUACGCUGCGCCUGAACAAUUAGAAGGCACAACCUAUGACGAAAAGGCCGACAUUUACUCACUUGGCAUCAUCCUGUUUGAACUACUCCAGCCCUUCUCUACCAUGAUGGAGCGUUCUCACAUGCUGACAGAUCUCAAAUUGAAUCAGGGCCAAGUGCCACCAGACUUUCUCUCUAGGUAUCCUGCUGAAUCGAAAUGGAUAGAACAGAUGAUGCAUCAGGAACCUUGUCAGAGACCAAGUGCUUUAGAACUACUACAAUAUUUUGAUGAUACCCUUGAUUCUAAAUACUUACAGAUGAAACAAGAAAAGGAAGAGUUACAACGUCGGUUAAAUGAUCUUGAAGCAGAAUUGGCUCAUGUCAAACUUGGUCCUUCAGAAGAAAUCAAGAUGGACGAAGAGAUAUCCCAGGCUAUUUCAAAGAUGCUGACAUAA